AUGACUUUUCAUUAUGAUGUCCUUAGAAUUCUCUAUAUCAAUCAAAUCAUUAUUGGGGUUCUAGGAAACGCUUUCCUGAUUUUCCUAUACAGUUUUAAGCUCAAUGUGGGUCAAAAGACAAAACCUACAACCCUGGUUCUCAUCCAUUUGCUCUUUACCAACAUAAUUUUCCUUCUUUUCAGGGGAAUCCCCAAAACAUUUGAAGUUUGGAGCUUAAAAUAUCUUGUGCAUUACACUGCUAGUAAAAUCAUAUCUUACCUACAGAGAGUGGCCCGAGGCCUGUCCCUCUGCAGCUUCUGCCUCCUGAGUGCCUUCCAGGCCAUCACCAUCAGUCCAAGCAGUCCCAGAUGGGUGGGGCUCAAAGCAAGAGUUCCAAAUUCUGUCUUACCCUGCUGUCUUCUCUGCUGGAUUUGUAAUCUGUUGAUGGAUAUAGUAGUGCCCAUGUAUGGCAUUGGUCCAAGCAACACAACGUACACUAAAGAGAGUUGGCAAAUUGGUUUUAGUGCUUUAGACCUCUAUGCCACCAAGACGUUAAUAUUCCUUAUCUGGAAAUUUGUUUAUGAUAAUGCAUUUGUGAGUUUUAUGGCCAUGACCAGUGGUUACAUGAUAUUUGUCCUCUACAGACACCACCAGAAAAUGCAAAAUAUUCAAGUCACCAGCCUGUCCCAUAGAAGCUCCCCAGAGGCCCAAGCCACGAAAACCAUCCUGCUCCUGGUUGGCACCUUUGUCAUCUUUAACUUAACUAGCUCCAUAUUUAUGAUUUAUAUGACUUUUUCGAAGGUAACCAGUCCUAUACUGCUUAACAUUUCUGCUUUUCUUUCUUUGUGCUUCCCAACAGUAAGCCCCUUUAUUCUCCUCAGUAGGGACACCCAGAUCACUAGAUCCUACCGCAUUUAUUAA